GUUUUCCAUACUUGCGUUACACUGCAAACAGCUGGACGUAACAUCUAACUUGGUGUCCAAUGUCAGUACAAUUGGAAGAGUUUCCACAAUCCUCAGGUCUAAUUGGUCAUUCUAAUCAGGCUAACACCUCCAACGAUGUAAAUGCAUUAAAGGGUGAAGAGAGUAGAAAGUCUAUAGAAAUUGCUGAAUAUCUAUUGGAUAAGAAACUCUACUUAUCUGCACUGGAAUAUUAUUUUGAACAAUUGGAACGUGGCAAAAGCAUCAAAAUUUUACAUGAAUUUUUUACUAGUCCAAAUUUUGUUGACAACUUAAAUAAUCUGUCUUCUGUAGAAUCACCUAGUUUACUAAUGGGCAAAUAUCCAAGUUUGUCGUCUCUAGACUCAUCCGAUAUUGGACGGAUCUCUGAUGAUGGAAAUACAGUAGAAGAAAAAUUAAAAGUGCUUGAAUAUGAGUUACGCAAAAAGAAUGAUGAAAUCAGUACACUAAGAAAUGAAUUGACUAAUUUAGUAGCCUGUGGAUUUAAAGGUGGCAGUAUCGCAACAUCGUCACAAGCUGCAGAUUCUACUUUGGGCACACAUCUUUGGCAUAACUUCAAUAGUGGUACACAGAAGACACUGCCUCAUGAAUUACGUGCAUUAUCAUUUUUAAUUAAUGAAUACUUAUUGGAACAAAAUUUUCGUCUUACUGCAAUUCAAUUUGCUGAAGAAGUGGAGGAACACAAUCUGCCCAGCUUGGAAUCAUGGCAUGAAGUAGCAAUAAAUCUGCGUAAACCACCCAGCCUAUUAUCACUACUCAGGUCUUAUUGGUAUCCGUCUGCUGGUCAAUCAUCACAGUUAUCUUCAAAUCGUACAGAAGUAUUAACACGUAGUUAUUCAGAGGCGAGUGUUCAAACAGAAUCUGAACAAAAUGUUUAUACUGUUACUGUUGGCUUUGGUGAUCAGUACUCAACAGAACUUCAGUCAAAGAAUGAAGAGAUUGUCUCAUUGAAAUCGAAAAUCAGUCAUUUAGAGUUAGAGUGUUCAUCUGCUAUACAAAAUGCCAGAGAUUUGCAUAAUCAACUUAUUUGUCUUCGACGUGAACAUGCUGAAAUGAUGAACAAAUCCGUACUGACUAAACGUACUACUACAAAUGGGAAUAAUAAUACUACUAGUACUACUACGAAUACUAAUGAAGUAAAUGAUUCCACUGACAGUGACAGUGUCUCGAAUUCUCCAAAAAUGUGUAAUUUUCCUGACAGAACAAGAAAAUCGAAUCGUAAUUUAUCCAAGGAGUUUUCAAAGUAUAUUACGCAUCUAUUACCUGAUGAUGAUGUCACCUUGAAUGAAAUUAACCAAAACUUCCGUCUAACUGAUUCCUUGGAUGAAUUUGUAAUAUUUUUGGCACAACACACUGAAAAGAUUUUAUCUUAUCUAGUUGACAAGGGAAAAUUGAUAUUUUUACCCUUAUUAGUUCAAAUAAUUUGUCUACAUCCGAAUUCUUCUGUACGUGAUCGUUUUCUAGGCUUGUUAUUCGACUUUUUCUCAUCUACUUCAACAAUAUCAACUUCGGCAUUGAUACACUCACCUUCAUUAAUUGACAAUAAAAUUUACUUUGAUUUUAAUUUAUCAAAUUUAACAAGUAUGAAUUAUGAAUCAACUACCUCAGUGAACAACAGCAUUAAUAAUCAUAACAAUAAUAAUAACAAUAAUACUGGCAGCAGCAAUAAAAGUAGUCAUAAUGAAUACUCUAAGCAUAUAUUAAAUGCUCUGGGAUUGUUAGCAUCAUAUUUAGGUCCUGCCCGUCUAGAAGGUGAAUUGUUACCAAGUCUAUGGUUGCAAAUUAAUAAAUGUUCAACUGAUGCUUCUCGAAGACUUCUUUUAGUGUCUGCAUGUGGAGUGAUUGCUCCACACCUUCCGGCCCAUUUACAAUCUUCAAUUAUGCUGAGUAUUAUCGAGUCAAGUCUUGAUGAAGAACGUGAUCCAGUCAUUCUAUCAGCCAGUAUACGUUCAUUAUCUUGUCUAGUUAGUUCAAUGUCUGAUUCACAUAAACUCCCGCAAAUCAUUCGUCGAUUAAAUUCAUUUAUUAUGCAAACAAUUUAUAUAUUUAAUGAUAAACAACAACAAUAUAAUUACUACCUAUCGAAUAAAAGCUUUUCAAUACUGCUCACAUCAAAUCCAAUAUAUAAUGCUGUAAUGAAUUGGUUUCUACCGUCUGUUGCUCAAUGGUGUUUAGAAUUGGAUUCAUUGCAUCAAAUUCUAUUGGAUCCAUGGUUAAUUCAUUUUGAUAAUUAUAUUCUAGCUUGUCAGAAUACCAAAGAAGUAGCACCGGAUAUGAUACUUUUAUAUUUAAAUAUAUUGUACUAUUUAGCACCAUUUCUUCAUGCUUGGCUACUGUUGUCAAUAAUUGUCAAGAAUAAGACUGACAAUUCCAAUGAAGGUUUAUGGACAGCUAUGCAAAAUUUAAUUUCCGUCUAUCAUAAUUCUGUUUCAGAAUUUGAGCAUCUAUUAAAACAGAAUUUUAACUCAAAAGAGCCUGAAUUAGUCAAACCAUCAUCCACAUGUAUAUCAAUUAAUACGUCAAUGAUUCUUGGACAGGACAGUUGUAAUUUAUUAGAAGAAAUGUUGAAAUAUGCAUGUCAGUCAGAUAAGGCAACAACUUUAACAACACCAACUCCAGCCAUUUCACCAACACCGACAUCAUCAACAGUACACCAGUCUGUUGGCAUAGAACAAUCCUUUUAUCAAAAUCAUACUUAUUCAAUAGAUAAAUGGAUAGCCAGACAGUGGUUUGAUAAACAUUUAAUAUCAAAAUUAAUUAUUUUAUUAGAACAGUUACCAUAUUGUCGUGAUAGUGGUCGUUGUUCUACAAUGAAAGCGUUUCUUGAUUUGGACUAUGAAAACUGUUCUUUUGAUGACGUAAUCAAGCAUCAAUAUGAUGAAUACUUUGCAUAUCCGUGUAUGGAAUCAUUACAGUCGAAUAACUUUAAAGUGUGCUUUGCAAUAUGCCGAUUUCUUGUUUCACUUGGUAGCGCCUUGAAAUCAGAUGCUGUAACCCAUCUUAUUGCACCACAUUUUAAAGUCAAGUUAAUGAAACCAACAGAACAUGGAAAUUACGAAUAUGAUCAUAAUUCUAUGCAAACGGGACUUUUGGCUGGCUAUUGCUGUCUACUUGCGUCUACACAAUCGAAAUCAGAAUUGGGUCAAGUGAGAAUGUUAUUAACCAGUGCUAUAUUCUUACAUGCACGUGAAGGCUUUCCACUUCAUUGUAUAACUUUGACAAUUUGGUGUCUUUGUCUAACUACUAACUUAGAGACAAUCAUCCAGGAUAUUCUACUUCCAGCAAUUCGACCGUGUUUAAGCUGUGCUGAUAGUUCAGUUCGUCGAGCUGUUGUAAGCCUGCUGCACGCAUUCAUUGAAAUUAUACGAUUUAUCAGUGGAUGGCAUAACACUGCAAUAACAACAACGACAGCAACAACAACUACUACUAAUACUGGUAAUAGUAGUAUCGGCGCUACUACUGCCAUUAGUAGUAGUGGUUGUAGUCCACUUCUACACAAUGAUAUUUAUCAAUGCCAUUUACUAGAAUUAAUUUGGCCAUUUGUCAGUCAAAUAACCAGAGAUGAUGUGACGGGACAACGGAAACGAAUUACACCAGAUCAAGCAGAUUGGAGUGUACUGUGUUGUUCACUAGGCCCAUUGUACGCUUUUAUUAUGCUUGUCUGUGUACCAUUUUUAAAUUCAACGCAUUUAUCUUCUACAUCAGCAACAGCGACAGCAACCACAACAACAACAAUAACAACUAAUACUAAUGCUACUAUUGUUGAUACAAUUGGAAGUUGUAAAACAGACAACAAUAUUUCAACUGGUAUGGAGAAUGUUCCUUUAGUUUUGACAACAGAUGCGCCAAAGCAAACACUGUUAAGUGAAUAUGCUAGUUAUCGGACUAUGGCGUUCGAUUUACUCAGUUUACAGUAUGAUUUAGUUAUUGGUCGAGCGACAACACCGUCGAAUGAACUGAACGCGAGAAUAGAUUAUACUAUGGAUCGAUUAAUAAUUUCUCAACAUCGUUUUUGGAGUACACUAGUGCAUAAUCUUUUAGAAUUAACUAAUCGUCUAUUGCCAACAUGUGAUGAGAAUUUCCAACAGAAUAACAUAUUACCAUGGUUGUUUAAUUUAGCUGAGAUGAAUAAUGCCCUACCAAAUUUAGAUCAACGUACGGAAUUAGCCAACCACUUGUUUACGGUGUUUUCAACAGCUGCAUACUGUAUCCUUUUUUGUUUACAUUGCUUUAUAUAAUAAAUGGUUAGUUUAAAAUCUCAGGUGAAUAAAUGAUAUGUAUGUAUGUGUGUGUUGAUCACUUCACGCAUUUGUGUAGCUUCAUCGACCCCAAUGGGCUAGUCACUAACGAAAUUUCACCAUAGAUACAAAAAGCUCGUAUGGAAUUUCCAAACCUAAUCUCAUUCUUUGCCGUAUAUGUGAUACCUGGCUGGACGUGUGUAUAGCACAUCACUUCAUUCCAUCUUCACUUAUGGCUGUUAGACAUAACUAUUGAAAGUGAAAGACAUGAAAAGGUUGAUUACCUGUCUUUGGCCAUAGGUAUCUGUGUUCCAUCUUCUAUGUUAAGUGGUAUAAUACGGUGAUUAAUAUUGAGGCUAGGCGUUGAGGGCUGCUAGGAUAUGAGUCAAGCAUGACUAGCCAUCGACGUCUUCGACGGGCAGUGUUAGCUGACAUCGGAUAUAUAAGGUUCGAAAAGAGCUAGUACUGAUCAAACGAAGACGUGGGAUGACUCCAUGAAAUCUCUAACCGUUAGUUUGAGCCAGCCAGGUAGGAAGGUGUAGACUGCCUGAUUGUUUCGGAUCCUCGGGGUUGUGAGAACCAGUGACUUGAGACCAUCGGUGAUGUGGUUCAAAAUCUUCUUCACUGAUGCACAUGCCUUCUCUCUUCACUAUCUACAAUACUGAUUAAAACCCUAUUGUUUUUCUCAUUCUACUACUAUCUUUUCUCCCUCACAUUUCUGGUUAUUAUCUCUUUAUGUGUGGUACAUGGAGUGUGGCAACCGAAACUGUUGCACUUCUGUAGAAAGUUCUAUGUUAAAACUUGCCAGUCAAUAGAAAUCUAGUUAGCCGGUUACUCCACUCAAAUUAAUAGUGUUACUUCAUGGAUUGGUAUUACAUUUGGUGUAGUUGUCAUCUCUACACUGAUUUUAUUGCAAAUGAUGCUAUUAGCUCUUAGCAAUGUCGGAACAAUCAAGAAUCUCCGGAAACAGUUAAUAUCACGGCCAAAAUCAACAAGAAAGGUGCGGCGUUUAUCCUGAAGUAAUCAGUGAAGUUGACAACAGCUUCGCAGUUAAACCAUUAGCUCAUUGCAAGAGCACCGAAAUAACAACAUUGUGUAGUCUGGUGUCUGAACUAUGUUCUAAUUGUCUCAGUGAAUGGAGAUACACAACAUUAGUAACCCACAUACCACUUUCACGUAGACUGUCAGAUUAUAAGGCCAGCAUGUUAUUACUCAGCUAAUGAGUUGUAAUCCAGUGACCUUUUUUGUCCCAAUUGAAUUGAGGCAAUUAGAUCAUUAAGAAGUGUACAAGAGAGUGAAAGGUGAAGAGAGAAAUGCGUAACAAGCAGCCUUAAAUGGCCUCCUAGUAAAUACGUUCCUACUUGAUAUCUCAUUGGCUAGACGUCCUUUUAUAGGUCAGACAUCUAUAGUAAUAGGUCACAUUCUUAGUCAUGUGUGGUGUGGUUGAUGCGUUGACCUUUUUUAGUCACUCUAAGACAAUUAACUUUAUAAUAAUUGAAGCAUUUCAAAUAGGUUAUUUCGAAUAUAAUCAUAUUUGUUAUCAUACCUUAAUUAUAUGCAUUACUAUGACACUAUGAACUACAAAUCGAUUAUUAUUUAAGCUGUACAAAAUGAAUCCAGUGUACUGCAGUGGUUAGUUCCUGGCUUAGAUCGUAUACGCUUAGAUUUUAUAGAAAGUGGAGACAAUCGUCGUGUUCGUGAAGUGGAACAAUUUCUGUCUGAUUUAUACUCAAAACUUCGAUUAAAUGAUCAAGGACGGUCAUGCACAUUUAAUACAUCAACCAAAGAGACAAACAGUGUUCGAUCAAGUGUAUCAACUCGUUGGAGUAAAUUGACUUCAUUCAACACAUCUAAUACUGGUAAUACAAGCAACAGCACUGGUGGUGGUGGUGGUGCUGGUAGUGGUGUCGUAAGUGGCAGUAGCAUCGCUAGUGCCACUACUGGUGGUGGAAUUAAUGCUAACAACACUACUUCUAUCAGUGCUAUGAUGCCGACCACUUCCAUGUCUAGCACUACGCCUACUACCUCAGAUCAUACUCGCGCCUCUCCACCGGAUAACGAAACAAAAAAAUCACAGUCUCGGAUAAAAAAUUCACGUUUCACUUUUCGUAGACAUUAAAACAAAAAGCAAUAAAUAAGUUGUUAAUUUGUACAUUGACUUUUCAUUUCUCUCUCCCUCUGGGUUGUUUUCUUCGUCAUUCCACUUCCUUCUCUCUCUCUCUCUCUACCUCCUACUUUUUAUUGCCUCCGUGUGUGCCUGUUUGCGUACUGAAUGAAUAAUUUGUUUUAUUUUCAAAAGAAUCAGCCUUAACUGUUUUGCUUUUUUAAUUCUACCUCUUUUUAUAAACCUUGAUUGUGAUUAUUGUGAUUUGAAUGAAUACAAACGCUUCUUUUUUAAAUUACUACUUUAAUUUGUAAUUUAUUUAAUUAUUUAAUUGAGUUACUUUCUCUCUCCCUUUCAUAUUAGAUCACACAAGACACGACGGAUCAAUCAACAACAUACGUGUUUGUUUGCUUGUUUGCACACAUCGCCACUGAUAUUAUGACCUAAUAGUUUUUCUUUUUUCCAUUUGUGUCACAAGUUAAUUCAUGAUUAUCACUGCCUUUUUCUUCUAUUCUCUUGAUGAAACCUUUCUGUACUUACUGAUUGAUUGUGUACUUCAUAGAUAAAAUUGUCUUUCAAACUGAACACGACCUACUCUAUUUGUUAAUAUGUAAUUUACGAGUACUCAUCAGUGUGUGUGUAUAUUUGUGUGUGUGUGUGUGUGUGCGUACACUACAUAUCCUGAGGAGGAAACAACAACUAACGAAUCAACAUAUCUCCCCCACUUUUUUUAAUAACUAUCAGGAACUAUUUUCUUUUACUCCUGGAAAUAAUAAUUGUAUAUUGGUGCAAUUAUCGUUAUUAUCAUUAUUAUUAUUGAUGUUAUUAAUAUCUUUAUUUUUGUUGUUUUGAUUUGGUUUUCUAUAAUUUAUACUUUUCUUUGCCUUAUUUUGUGUUAAACCUUCAAUUGAUCAAUGACAAUUGAUUUACUUGAUGAGCACCAUUGCAUAAUGAUCUCCUUCCCUAUUUCUUUUGAUUUAUUUGUUAUGUAUUCUUAGCAAUGUCUUUUUUUUCCUUUUUUAUUUAUUGAUUUUUUGUGCUUUCAUACUCUUUGUGUACAUAGAUGAUAGAAAGAAAUCUUCUUUUUCAUCCAUUGAUAUCUUGACAGCUAUUGUGGUG